GUGCAUUUCAAAUUUGACAUCAUCACAAGUUUUCAGACUUUACAGCCGUUUAGAUCCAGUGAGAUGACAUUUUGGAGAGAAUUCACAAUUUUUCUCACUUCCUUAGUGAUUUUGCGCGUGACUUCAAUGCCUGUGAAUGAGAUUAAUAAACAUUUUACAACUCAACGAUCAGAGUUGUCAUCAUUUGAGUAUGAAAGUGUCGAUGAUCUGAAUAGACUGCCAUUUUCGAAGCCACCAAAUGUGGAUUAUAUUGUAGAUUUUGAUGAUUCAGUUGAUUUUAGUGUAACUGAAGCAGCUAACAGGGCAAAAGUUAACCGUGGAGAUUUUCAUCAUCUCAGACACACUUUAUGAUGACUGUGCAAAAAAAAAUUUUUAAAGUGAGAAAUAGAAGCUAAAGUUUACUCAAUAAAUAUUUGAUGACCACAAAAAAAAAGUUGUUUAAAACAGUUUUGAUGAACAGUCAACAGAAAAUCGGACGCAAUUGUUGCAUCAACAUUAAAUGUACGUCAAGAAAGAUUCAAAAUUAUCGGAA